UUAAAAAAUAUUGGAAAGAAGAGAAUAUUAGCGGAAGAGACAAAGGCCGGAUUCUCAGAGGUAGAGUAGAGGUUUCUUUUGCACUUUUCUUUUUGGGCCCUGAGAUGAUUCUAAAGUUGUUGAGGGGUUUUAUUGAAAGCAAAACAAAUUCCCCUUCCUGAAAAAGCUUCAAUCACGUGAUGACUCCUCAGACUUGAAAUAUGACUAUGGCGUUUUAGCUUCUUCUUCUCCUCCUCCUCCAUUUUAUGCUUCAAUACUUUCUUUUCUCAUUGUGUCUCAAAAUCUCAAAUGGGAUUUGCUUUUCAGACUCUCAAUCCCUUUUUUCCUUGUAAAAAGUAAAAAGACUCUUCUUCUUCUCCUUCCUUCUCAAAUACCGGGUUCUUAUAUCUGUUUUGGUAACCUGGUUAUGGCGUUUAAGCAUAGGCUCCUCUUCCUCCUUGUGGUUGCCCUAUCUUUCUUGUCGCUGUCCAGCGCCAUUGCAGAGCAAGAAGGUGAAAAGGAAAGCCUCCUUUCGUUCAAAGCAGCUCUUAAAAAUCCUUACUUUCUUUCUUCAUGGAACCGGUCAGCUUCCCAUUGCAACUGGGUUGGUGUUGGUUGCCAACAAGGUAGAGUUACCUCAAUCUCACUCACGGCUAUGUUGCUUGAAGGUCCUCUUCCUCCCUCCCUUUUCUCUCUCUCCAGCCUUACCAUUCUCGACUUAUCGUCAAAUCAGUUAUCAGGAGAGAUCCCGAGUCAAAUCAGUCAGUUGACUCAUCUCCGAAUCCUUAAACUCGGUCCCAACUCGUUCACCGGAAAAAUCCCACCACAGAUUGGGAGAUUAACCCAACUCGAUACUCUCGUUCUUUCUGGGAAUUCACUAGUUGGAACAGUGCCCAGUGAACUCGGGGAGCUGACUCGAUUGCAAUUCCUGGACCUGGGGAACAAUCUUUUGUCGGGUACUCUCCCAGUAACUCUCUUCAAUAACCUUCAAUCUCUUGCUUCUCUUGACAUUUCAAAUAACUCGUUCUCCGGCGCAGUCCCACCGGAAAUUGGUAACCUCAGAAACCUCACUGAUCUUUACAUUGGAGUUAACUCAUUUUCGGGUCAUUUACCACCAGAAAUCGGUUCCCUUUCACGGCUUGAAAUCUUCUUUUCACCUUCCUGUUCGAUCACUGGCCCAUUACCUGAAGAAAUAUCUAACUUAAAAUCCCUGAGUAAACUUGACCUUUCCUAUAAUCCAUUGAGGUGUUCAAUUCCGAAAUCCUUAGGGAAAUUGCAGAACUUGAGUAUACUGAAUAUUGUGUACGCCGAGGUUAAUGGUUCUAUACCUGCUGAGCUUGGAAACUGCAAGAAUUUGAAGACUUUGAUGCUGUCUUUCAAUUCCCUUUCUGGGUCUUUACCAGAAGAGCUUUCUCAGUUACCCUUGUUGACGUUUUCUGCUGAGAAGAAUCAGCUUUCCGGGCCAUUGCCUUCCUGGCUAGGGAAGUGGAAUCAAAUGGAGUCGCUUUUGCUUUCUAGCAAUAGAUUUGAAGGGAACAUACCGCCUGAUAUUGGGAAUUGUUCGGCAUUGAAGCAUAUCAGUUUAAGCAACAACCUGUUGACUGGGAAGAUACCCAAGGAACUCUGUAAUGCGGUGUCGCUUGUGGAAAUUGAUCUUGAUGGGAACGUUUUCUCGGGUUCUAUAGAGGAUGUGUUCUUCAAGUGUAGGAACUUGACCCAGUUGGUUUUGGUUGAUAAUCAACUUACUGGCUCUAUACCAGAGUACUUGGCAGAGCUUCCUUUGAUGGUUCUUGAUCUUGAUUCCAACAAUUUCAGUGGGGCAAUACCUGUUAGUCUAUGGAGCUCCACCACUCUGAUGGAAUUCUCUGCAGCAAAUAAUCUGUUGGAGGGCUCUUUGCCUAUGGAGAUUGGCAAUGCAGUUGAAUUAGAGAGGUUAGUGCUCAGCAGCAAUCAAUUAAAGGGAAGUAUUCCUAAGGAGAUAGGUCAUCUCACUGCCCUUUCGGUUCUCAACUUGAACUCUAAUCUGCUGGAAGGGGAUAUUCCAACUGAGCUUGGAGAUUGCAUUGCACUAACCACUUUGGACCUGGGAUAUAACAGGCUUACUGGAUCAAUUCCAGAAAGAGUUGCAGAUUUGGUUCAAUUACAAUGUUUGGUUCUUUCUCAUAAUAAUUUAACUGGGUCUAUUCCUCCAAGGCCCUCAUUAUAUUUUCGUGAGGUUAAUAUACCUGACUUGAGCUUUAUUCAACAUCAUGGAGUGUUUGAUUUGUCACAUAAUAUGCUGUCUGGUUCAAUACCUGAGGAACUGGGGAAUCUUAUAGUUGUGGUUGAUCUUCUAAUUAACAAUAACAUGCUUUCUGGUGAAGUUCCAGGAUCACUAGCAAAGUUAACCAAUCUUACGACCUUGGAUUUAUCUGGAAAUUUGUUGAGUGGUCCCAUUCCUUCAGAAUUCGGUCACUCUUCUAAGCUCCAGGGUUUAUAUUUGGGGAAUAAUCAGCUCUCAGGUACCAUUCCUGGAAGCUUAGGUCGUUUGGGUGGUUUAGUGAAGCUGAAUUUGACGGGUAAUAAGUUAUUUGGAUCGAUUCCUCUUAGUUUUGGCAACUUGAAGGAGCUUACCCACUUGGAUUUAAGCAAUAAUGAACUUAGUGGCCAGCUUCCUUCGUCUCUGUCGCGAAUAAUGAACCUUGUUGGACUUUAUGUUCAGCAGAACAGGCUUUCUGGUGCUAUAAAUGAGCUCUUUUCCAAUUCCAUGGCAUGGAGGAUAGAAACUAUGAAUUUCAGUAAUAAUUUCUUCAAUGGAGACUUACCGCAGUCAUUGGGCAAUCUUUCAUACUUGACAUACUUGGAUCUUCAUGAAAAUAAGUUUACAGGAGAGAUUCCAUCAGAGCUCGGUAACCUAAUGCAACUUGAAUACUUUGAUGUUUCAAGGAAUCGGUUAUCUGGGCAGAUUCCUGAGAAAGUGUGUACCUUGGCUAAUGUGUUCUAUCUGAAUUUGGCAGAAAACAGUUUAGAAGGACCUGUGCCCAGAAUUGGUAUUUGCCUAAGCCUGUCAAAAAUUUCACUUUAUGGCAACAAAAAUUUGUGUGGGAAAAUUAUAGGUUCAGGUUGCAGGAUCAGAAGCUUUGACAGAUCAUCUUUGCUAAAUGCCUGGGGACUUGCAGGGGUUGCUGUUGGAUGCAUGAUCAUCAUUCUCACUAUAGCUUUUGCACUACGAAGAUGGAUUAGUAAAGCCAGUAGACAGGGUGAUCCUGAGGAAAUUGAAGAAAGGAAAUUAAACAGUUUCAUUGAUCAAAACCUUUAUUUCUUGAGUAGCAGCAGGUCCAAGGAACCUUUGAGCAUCAAUAUAGCUAUGUUUGAGCGGCCACUUCUGAGAAUAACCUUAGUCGAUAUUCUUGAAGCCACCAAUAACUUUUGCAAGACAAACAUAAUUGGAGAUGGAGGUUUUGGUACAGUAUACAGAGCCACAUUGCCUGAUGGAAAAACAGUUGCAGUUAAGAAGUUAAGCGAAGCCAAAACUCAGGGUAACAGAGAAUUCAUUGCUGAAAUGGAAACACUGGGCAAAGUGAAGCACCAGAAUCUAGUCCCAUUGCUUGGAUACUGCUCAUUCAACGAGGAAAAGCUUCUUGUUUAUGAAUAUAUGGUAAAUGGAAGUUUAGAUCUUUGGUUAAGAAAUAGAACUGGAGCUCUUGAAAUUCUUGAUUGGGCCAAACGGUUCAAAAUUGCUAUUGGCGCUGCUCGCGGGCUAGCUUUUCUUCACCAUGGAUUCAUUCCUCACAUAAUCCAUAGGGAUAUCAAGGCUAGCAAUAUCUUACUCAAUGAAGAUUUUGAGCCAAAAGUUGCUGACUUUGGGCUGGCUCGUUUGAUUAGUGCUUGCGAGACUCAUGUUAGCACUGAUAUUGCAGGAACAUUUGGCUACAUUCCACCUGAAUAUGGACAGAGUGGAAGGUCAACCACAAGAGGAGAUGUUUACAGUUUUGGUGUAAUUCUGCUUGAAUUAGUGACAGGGAAAGAACCAACAGGGCCAGAUUUCAAAGAGGUUGAAGGUGGGAAUUUGGUUGGUUGGGUGUUUCAAAAGAUGAAAAAGGGCCAGGCUGCUGAUGUUCUUGAUCCAACUGUUCUCAGCGCAGAUUCAAAGAAGAUGAUGCUUAGGGUCCUUAAGAUUGCUUCUAAUUGUCUUUGUGAUAAUCCUGCUGAUAGGCCUACUAUGCUUCAAGUGCUCAAGUUAUUAAAAGGGAUUAAAGACGAGUAAAUGUAGAGUUCAUGUUAGUGAGCAUAAAGUCUCAAGUUGAUGAGUAAUUGUUGUUGUAAUAACCUAGUAAAUGAUUUAGGAAGCGUUGCUGAAACCUUAAGUUGUAAGACGUUCUGUUUGCUAAUCUAAUCUGAUGACAGUUUAGAACUACACACCUUUAGUUUUUCAA